AUGAUCUAUUCGAUCCUAAGCUGGUUUCCUCGCUAUCUCUUCCCAGAAGCCCAAGCCGAUAGCAGUGGCAGGAUCGAGGAAUUUCCCAUACAAAUCACAGACAAAGUCAUAGUCCCGAAAUACGCCUUAGAUAUCCUAGGAACGAAAUCAUUCAUCAAACCGGCAGAAUAUCACAUCAUCUACCAGUGGGUUAGAAUAGGCCUCCAGACAGAUGACGAGCGGAUUGUUUCUGAAUCAUUAAGAGCGAUUGAGGAAUCUGCACAUCCUAGAAUCACUGAUACUGAAAUAGACGGAUUACCUACCGCUCAGAAGGCAUACUAA